ACCACUGGCUCCUUAUAAACCCCGGGGUGGGCUUCCAAGAGCUGCUUUUUUUGGCAGGAGGAGGGAGCCCAGCCCCAAGAUGAGGGCAGCUCUGGCCCUGCUGCUGCUUCUAGCUGCUGUGCAUGCUGAGCACCGAGGUAGGGAUUAUGUCCGGGAUAAAGUGUGCCAGGAGUUCAAGACCCUGGGGAAGGAGGACUUCCGAACCCUGACCCUGGUCUCCAUCAGCAGGAAAUAUUCCAACGCCACCUUCGAGGAGAUCAGCCACCUGGUCCGGGAAAUCGUCUCCUUGGCCCAAACCUGCUGCGCCGAGGGUGCCGACCCCUCCUGCUACGAUGCCGGGGCCUCGGCGCUGUCAGCCAAAUCCUGCAGCCGGAGCUCUCCCUUCCCUGCCCACCCGGGCACUGCCUCCUGCUGCACCCACCAGGGGCUGGAGCAGAAGCUGUGCCUGGCGGCCCUGCGGCACCCACCCCCCCUGCUGCCCCGCUACCUCCAGCCCUCCAACCAGGAGCUCUGCCAGGCCUUCGAGAAGGACCCCAAGGACUUUGCAGACAGGUUUCUGCACGAGUAUGCCAGCAGCUAUGGUGAGGCUCCUCUGCCCGUGCUCCUGGGCUCCACCAGGAGCUUCCUCUCCAUGGUCUCCACCUGCUGCAUCUCCCCCACACCCACCACCUGCUUCCUGAAGGAGAAACUGGAUGGGAAAACCCUCUCUCUGCUCACCCUAAUGUCCAACCGGGUUUGCUCCCGCUUCACGGUGUUUGGGAAGGACAAAGUCACCCUCAGCUCCCUCACCUGGCUGGCCCAGAAGCUGCCGGGGGCUUCCUUCGAGGACCUCCUCCCGCUGGCAGAAGGCGCUGCCGCCGUGUUCGCGCAGUGCUGCGGCUCGCUGGCCGAGGACUGCAUGCAGAGGAAGUUAUCCGAGCACACGGCCAAAGCCUGCGCCGCGCUCUCGCCGAGGGACCCGCGGUUCGCCGAGUGCUGCCGAGGGCAGAACCCGGUGCAGAAUUAUUUCUGCCUCUCGGCCGUGCCCCCCGCCCCCGCCCCCAAACUGCCCGAGGUGCCGAAGCCGACGAAGGAGCAGCUGUGCGGGGAGGAGGGGGCUCGGCACGCCAAGAGGUAUGUGUUUGAGCUGGCCCGCAGACACACCAGCCUCCCUGAUGCCCUCCUGGCCACGGUUUAUGAUGCCUCUGAAAAAGCCCGUGGGGAAUGCUGCUCUGCCAAGGAUCCCUCUGCCUGCCUGCACAAAAAGCACCAGUGGGCAGAAGCAGAGCUGCCCACCUUGCUGGAGAAUGCCAACCAGCUCUGUGGGCAGUACACCCAGCUCAGCUUCCUCGAGUUCAAGAAAAGGCUGCAGAAGAGUUUGCAGAGGACAAUGCCCAAUGCCAGCCCUGAGCUGCUGGGGCAGCUGGUGGAGCAGAGAGCAGACUUUGCCUCCACCUGCUGCCCCCCCAACUCACCCCCCCUCUACUGCACCUCCAAGGUGAGCUCGGAGCUGGGGCAGUGCAAGGGAGGCUCCUGCCUGCUGGGCUAGCAGCCAAGGGGUAGCCAAGAACAUCUCUGCUCUGCGCCUGUUUCUUGGGAAUGUGCUGGUAAAUAUUAAAUAAAAAACCAACUCCAAACCACAAGA